CUGUACCAUCUAGAGAAACGGUCUUUCGCCCGAGGCUCCAAAAAAGAAAAAAACCCGGUUUGGUCCCGAAGCCGCCCUGAUUUUCACUGGGUCGAGAGGGUAAGAAAAUAUGGAGUAGAACCAUAAGAUCCAGUAAUGUCGCCGACGAGUCGAAGUUUUCAUUGGGGGUUCGGAAUUCCCAUUAGGAGGAGAUUCACCUAAUGAAUAGCAAUCGAUGGGAUUAAAUAGCCUUCCCAACCUUGUCCCCCUCCCAGCCAACGAAAAUAAAACUAAAAGCAAUAUGUCAUCCUCACGCCUAUAAGAAAGCAUAUUAGCCCUGCAUCCUGCCCUGGCCCUUCUUCUUGUCUUCUUCUCACGCCAUCGCGCCUUCUAUUGAGAUCAUCUGCAAGCCCUCUUAUUUGCUGGACGUUGCCCGAGAUCCUGUCUGUUCCCUCAGGCGAUCAGGAUCUUACAUCCCAGCAGCAGAUCAAAUUACCGACAAGGAAACAAUAAUUACUAUUCCCAAAGGGAAAAUUUGGGCUUAGCCGCGCGAGCCUAUCUCGGGAUUGACAGAAUCCGACAAAACGAUCGGGAUCGUGUUGCCUCGCAGUUUGACGUAGGCCAUUCGAGUCGAGCCGCUCACAUUCCACGAGGUUAUUGCCGUUGACCUUUUCGGCAUUCCCUUCCUGUCGUGUGCUCAUAUCCCUCUUCUUUCUCGUCCGAUCAACCUGCAAGCACCCGUCGAGGUUUCCUGUAGGGUCUAAAUUCGUGACAUACCCUCCAUUUCCUCACUACGAACCAUAAGCAUCGGAUUAUCCGUGCAAAUCUACUUCUGCCAGAAUGUCGACCAAGCCUAUCUUCGUGGCAACGCAUCCACGUGCCUGUUCGACGGCGUUCGAGCGAGUCUUCAUGACUCAGCGAGCCACUAUCCAGUGUGUCCACGAGCCGUUUGGCGAUGCCUUCUACUACGGUCCAGAGCGUCUCUCCGACCGGUUUGAAGACGACGAACAGGCUCGUAUCGACAGCGGAUUCAGCAAGUCGACAUAUCUCACCGUGUUGGAGAGAAUAGAACGUGAAGCUUCAGAGGGCAAGAGAGUCUUUAUCAAGGAUAUCGACCACUAUCUACUCCCGCCAGCGGGAAAACCCGCCAGUGUGGCCCCUUCGCUGCAUCGUAUCAAGCGCGGUGUCGGCACCACCAACGGCGAUGAUCAUUUCCCGGCCAAUGGCGUGAACGGUGUUGCAAAUGGCACCGCUCAUGUCAACGGCGAUGCCAAUGGUACAUCCAACGGUACCAACGGCGUCACCAACGGCGUGACCAACGGUGUCCACAAGGCCAAUGGCCACGGCACCAAUGGCACUGCCAAUGGAACCACCAACGGGGUCUCACAUCGCCCAUACCCGUACGACACCCCUGCCGAGGCGGGCAACCCCACCGUCAUGCCGCGCGAGAUCCAGGAGCGAUUCCAUUUCGCCUUCCUCAUCCGCGACCCGCACUUCAGUGUGCCCUCGUACUACCGCUGCACCAUCCCACCCUUGGACGAGGUCACCGGGUUCCAUAAUUAUGACCCCCGCGAGGCCGGGUAUGACGAGUUGCGGCGACACUUUGACUACCUCGUUCGCGAGGGACUCGUAGGACCGCGGGUAGCGACCCGUCCCGACGUCAAGGUCGAGAACUGCGGAGCCAAGGAGACCGUCCAUGAGAUCUGCGUCAUUGAUGCGGAUGACAUGCUGGAUGCACCGGCGGCGACGAUCGAGGAGUUCUGCAAGAGCGUCGGUGUGCCGUAUGAUGCGUCGUUGUUGACGUGGGAUACGCAGGAGGAUUAUGACUUUGCGUGCCAUUGCUUUGAGAAGUGGCGUGGCUUCCAUAAUGAUGCGAUUGAGUCGAAGGCACUGGUUGCGAGAACGCACAAACGUGCCCGCAAGACCGAGGAGGAGUUUGAUGCUGAAUGGACCAAGAAGUAUGGCCCCGAGGCUGCAGCUCUCAUCCGCAAGGCCGUCGACGAGAACAUGGAGGACUACCUGUACCUGAAGCAGUUUGCCAUCAAGGUCUAACCGCCCAGAGGUAGAGACAGCCAUAUUCCAUGCUGAUACCAUCCAUGGAGCGUGACUUCAUUCAAAUGGCUAUAAUGUAGUGUGGAGGAGUAGCAAGGGGGGAGGGAAAGCGAGAAGAAGUAUGGAAGGAAUCAUACCCAGGCUGGAGGGAGAGGGAAGGUGGGGGGGGGGAUCCAUAUAUUCUUCUACUUCCCCAAUUCCAAGUCCAAACGACGAUUACGACUAUUCUUAUUAUUACUGCACCGUGCUAUGUUCAACCCUGCGUUCCUUGUCCCCUAUUUUCCCGCUUUCGUUAUGUUGGAUUGUUACGCCCGCGAUGAGAACGAUUCAGUCCCGAUCACGCCAUCCCCGUGCUUCGCCCGCCCAUCAUUCCUGUGCGACGGGAUGACGAUCUGGAUUGGUGACUGGGGAUUGGCUGGAUAUUGCUCAUGAUCUUGCAUUUGUUGCUACAUCUUGACUUUUUGAUCUUCACCGACUUCUUGUGUUUGUUGUUGCUUAUCCUGGCCUGUCUGUCCUCUGUUAGGUUCCAUCGUGCCGGGAGAUUGGAUCUGUGGAGGAGAGAUUCCGAUUGCGCCCGGCUUGUGUCUUUUGUAUGUUGGGAGAAUGAAUACGAUACAUGUUGUCUUUUG